CCUCUCCCAUUUCUCAGACACACAUGACACCCUCUCUCUCUCACUAAAAAAAAAAAAAAUACAAAUAUUAAAAAAAAAAUUAUAAAUAGAAAAAAAAGUUUUAAGUGUUUUUUUUAAAACAUUUUUGGUUUUUGGUUCUCAAAAAGUCGCAGAGUAAAGGUUUUCUGGGUUUUAUCAUGAGCACUCGGAUGGCCAAGGGGACUCAUGUAAGAGGGUAUCGUCGGAGGAAGGCAGGACUGGAUUUAGACCUCAACAGUGCACCACCUAGUGAGAAUCGGGACCAGGAGGGGACUUCGACUCAAGUGGGGCAUAAUGAAACUCAAGCUGGUCAAGUGGGUCAGUCUGUACCACCUGCUACUAUUGAUGUGGAAGCCUUUGAUGAUGAUGUUAUUGAAUCCUCCCCCACGGCUUUUGCUCAAGCCAAAAACAAUUCCAGAAGGAACCAUUUGAGGACUGUUGUGGAUGUAGAAUUAGAAGAAAGGACUAGGGUUACCCAGAAUAAUCGCAAGCGUAGAAGAGCUCCACCGGACCCAGCAAUUGUCAAUAGUGAUGAUUUUAUUAAUUUGGAAAGCAGUGGCAGCUCUACGAGAGAGAGGGUGCUAAAGCCGCCUCCACCACCACCAAAGGAGCCUACUUUUAGCUGUCCAAUUUGCAUGGGCGCAUUAGUUGAGGAAAUGUCGACAAGGUGUGGUCACAUAUUCUGCAAGACAUGUAUUAAGACUGCAAUAAGUGCGCAGAGUAAAUGCCCCACCUGUAGGAAACAUAUCACUGUGAAAGAACUCAUUAGAGUCUUUCUACCUUCAACCAGUUUGAGUUGAGGCUGAGGCUUUAGAUUAUGGUUUAUACAAAAUGCUUGGAGGGAAAGGGAAAUGCAACAAUUGUUUUGGCAUGUUAGUAGACAAUCUUUCAUACUUCUGGAAUUGUCUAAAAAUAUUGUGUAGUUCAAGCUAAUUUUACUAAUGACAAUGGUGGGGUUCGGUCAAGAACAGUGUGGGUACUCUUGUUGGAUAAACCCCUUAAUGUAUGCUUAUAUAUCUUUAUUGAUGUCGUUAGAUGUUUAAAAUCUGGUACUGUAUAAGCCGUCUUGUUUAGGUAUUAAUUGGAAUUAGUGUUUGGAA